CGCGCUUCGUGAUUGGCUGAACGACUUCCGGCUUCCCGUUGUUCAUUUCCACACGUGAAGGUCAGCAAAAAACAGCCUCCCGGCGUUUAUAAUUAGAAUAAAUAUCGGAACUUCGACGUUUUUUAUAAGAUAUGGACGGCCAGGGAGCUUCAACAGACCCUCAGCUUCAACAUUUCAUCGAAAUCGAGUCUCAGAAACAGAGAUUUCAGCAGCUGGUGCAUCAGAUGACUGAGGUUUGCUGGGAAAAAUGCAUGGAUAAACCGGGACCCAAGCUGGAUUCCAGGACUGAAGUCUGUUUCGUUAACUGCGUGGAGCGAUUUAUAGACACCAGCCAGUUCAUCCUGAACAGACUGGAACAGACUCAGAAGAGCAGGGGAGGAUUGUCCGAGACGAUGUUGGAUUAAAAACUGUAACUGGAAGUUUGAUAGAAAAAAAAAAGUGGAAAAAAAAAAACAAAGAAAACAUGGUCUGCACCUACUGGGAACUCUAUUUGGUCCCCGUACUGCUGUCUGUACAGUAAGCUGAAGAAGAGUCCAGUCAGCUGGGAAACAGAACCACAACAAGUGUUACCUUGGAAACAAGUGCCUGACGUCUAAACCAUGUACAGACCUGGGUAAAAGUUUAGGGUUGUGUUUUGUGACUACAGGAAGAUGAGUGUUGCAAAAUAUUGAGGUGGUGGUUUGUUGCUGACUCUGUCAGCUUUUUGAAUUCAUGUAAGUGGAAAGUUCAGACUGUGAAGUUUGAUUAUGAGAUGUUUUUCAGACACAUGGACCAAAAAUCAAUGUCAGUAAAAUCACCCUGCAACCUCUUGACUGAAGAUCAGUACUCAACAGACUGGACUGUAAAUAUGCAAUAAACAAAAUGCCAAAUAAGUAUGUGCAUCAUUUUUAAAAAGCUUGUACAUUGUAUGUAAGAAGUUUGCACACCCUGUCUAAAUUCCCUGACUUGUGAUGUAAGAAGAGAGAUCAUUUCAAAGCUGUGGUAACCUUUGUCUGGUAAAGCCAGGUUUUUGUUGCUAAAAGAUUAAGGCCCUCUUCCAUCUUCCACUUUCUAACUGAAGCCUGAAGGUUUUGUGUCAACACAGAUUGAUAUUUGAAACUAUUUCUACUUAUUUUCUGGUAGUUCCACUCCCAAAUAAUGAUGCUGCCACCACCAUGCUUCACUGUGGGUUUUGGUUAUGUGCAACAAACCCAUUUGUUGGACCAACUUUAGUUUCAUCAUAUUAUACUUUCUCACAUGCUUUUUUGGGAAUUUUUUGUAACUAUGAGAAUUUUGUAAAAGUGUGUGAGAUCACUUUUACAAAAUGUGAUCUCACACACAUUUUGUAAAACAAAAAGAUCUCACACCGAUCAUAUGGAAAACAGUGGUAAUUACCAGAAAUUCCUGCAACCUGUUAAAUGUUGCUCCUGACCAGUUUUCUUUUUGAUGUCAUUGUUUCACAUAAUUAAUAAAAAGUGAGGGAGAGUUGUGAAAUAAUUAAUUUUUUUUACAUCACAAAACCUGGCAUUUUAACAGAUACAUGCAGACCUCUUGCAUCCAUUGUAAGCUCUUUAUGUUUUAAUGAGACGUUACAUUUAAAUUAAAUAUACAGCUUGGCACAUAUUA